AUGUGGUUGAAGCUUUUUUUCUUAUUUCUCAUGUCUGUGGCAGUCACGGAACAGUAUGAACCAUUUUCUGUAAUAUCGUCUUCCUGGUCAAUGUGGUCUCCAUGGUCAUUCUGUUCCAACAAUGUCAUGAUUCGUGUCCGUGCGUGCUCGACAGUCCGUGGAUACAAAUGUAUCGGGCACAAUAAGGAGUUCCAAUCAUGUAACUCACCACCAAGGAAGAAUAGUCUGGACUAUGAAGAUCCAGAGGCAGCUGAUAGGGAAAUGGCAAUGAAACAAUUGUAUCAGGAUUAUGAACCAGAGACUCCAGAUGAGGCUAAAUAUGCUCAAACUCGAGGAAAUCGAAAUUUCCAUAUGAUCUCCCCUACCACUGCCAUGCCACCUGCACCAAGAGCUCCAACAAGUUCACCCUCAUUUUCUGCUCCAACAAGUUCACCCUCAUUUUCUGCUCCUACAACCGACAACUUUUCCGUGAUGAACCGUGGCGGAACAGGAGUGGGAAUGAUGUCAGGCGAGGAAGAAGAAUAUUUCGAUGAAACAAUCCGAAUGGCUCCACAAUCUCCAAAACCAACAAAUCCAUCAGUUCCAACAACAUUCGAAUUUGAAAAGUACCCGAAGAGUACUGAUGAACCAACUACAACACCUACAACUACGACUCCUUCCACCACAACUACAACAGCAACAACCACAACGACUACUGAAGCUCCAACAACCACAACAGAAAUGGAAACAACAACUGAAAUGGAGACAACCACUGAAUUCACAGAGCCACUUCCACAAACUGUGACUCCUCACUACCCAAGCCCAAAAGUUGUAGACCACGAAGCAGUUUUGGAGCCAGAAGACGUCAACUUUAGAGGAAAAUACACUUUGGAGGAGCCCCUUCCAGAAGUUUCAGUUCCUACAUUUGCAGCUCCACCUGGAACGAUGGCAACUGAGUUCGAGCCAGAGCCAGAAACAAAAACUCCAACUACCCAACCUCCACCAUCAUUCCCAAUCGACGUGGAUGUUGAGGAAAAAUCUGAUGGAUCUACUCACAGUGUUGGGUCAUAUUCAAUUGGAAAAGAACCAAUGUGGGAGGAGGAGCCAGUUCAGUUAGAACCAAGCACACGAGCACCACCAAGAAGUCAGAAGAGCACCAUCCACAAGAAUACUCAUAUUGAAAUGCCAAUGUCAAUGCUCCCAUUCAUUCCAACUGUUGCUGAGGAGCCAACUACGGAAGAAACAACAACAACGACUACCACAGAGACACCUCCGCCAAGAUAUCAUCCAAGAAUUGCUCUUGUCACUUCUCAACAGAAUAUGCAACAUUUCCCAAAACUGAUGAAUGAGCAACGAGCAUCUCCGCGACCAUACUUGAGAACAGCACCCAAUCCAUCGGAUUAUGAUCAAGCUACCACAAAGAAACCAAAGAUGGUUACUGUAGAAAUCACAAAUAAAACAUUGAAAAAGAAGAGGAGAAAUAGAAGAUUGAAGAAACUGAACAGACUUGGAAAGAUUAGAACGGUUGCUGUUCUUCCGACUGAAUACACUAUUCCAGCUACUCAACCAAUGCAAAAACCCAUGCCAACCCCAGCAAAGUUCGAACUCGAGGAGGAGAAGUUCAUUGCUCCGAAGCCAACGGAACCAGUUACUCAUCUCUCUGAGCCACACCCGACUUGGGCAUCUGAUAAAGAUCGUCGAGUUUAUGAGGAGAAUCGAGAAUUGGAAGCAAGAAUUGCAGCGUUGAGAAAUAAAGUGGAGAUGAAUAGAAAAAUUUUGGCAACAAUGAAAAUCCCAGAGGGCGUUGAAUCUACAACUGAAAAACCAUCGAAGCCAUCCGAAGAGGUUAUGUUGGAAGGCGAUACGGCAAGAGCAUUGUCCUGGAUGAUAAAUGAUAUGGAACGUCUGGUGGAUGAUAAGGUGAAAACGGAAGUGACUGAUCAGUUGCCAGUUGAGAAGAUCACAGAACAGACAGCUGGAUUCAGAUUAGGAGAGACCGACGAGUCAGAUGCCACGACCACCACUGCCAGUCCAUUCCCAUUCCCUAUUCCCGAAGACGGAUUUGCUCUAAUACGUUCAAAAAGAUCCUCUUCUAAAUCGUCUCCAUACAAAAACGGCAAGAAAAUCCUCUGGACUUCAUGGAGCGAGUGGACCAAGUGUCAAUGCGGCAAACAGUCUCGAAAAAGAAAAUGUCUCAAAUAUCUCGGUUCAAAGUCUGCGUACGAUGAUCAGAAAUUCAUUUCAAUCGACCAAACAACAAAUGAAAUCGAGUUCGGAGAGCCUGCCGAAUUUCCAGAAACAAUUGAAGAACCAGCUCCAGUGGGAAGUGAAGAAGAUAUUGAGACAUCGAAUCGAGUGAAAAGGUCCUUAAAAUGUGUUCCACCUCAAAUCGAAGUUCGAUCCUGUUACUCUCCAAGAUGUUAG